UUUGGAGUUAAAAGAGUGCCUGCUCGGCCUGCCCCCAGAUCUAAGCGUCUUUCUCUUUCUUAGAUUCUUGAGAAAAGAAUUUAUUAACCCACCUCAACCUAGCAAUCUCCUUCUAUCUUCUCUUUAUCUGCUUCAAUCAGCUCUCUCCAAUUGUGGACUAACUUCAUUCAGCUUUGUCUUUUUCAACACCAAAACACAACGCCCUAUAGAGAUAGAAAUAUCGUCAAGCCCUUUUUCCUCUGGCAUUUAAACUUAAAACCCUAGUCUUUUCCAAAACUAGGGUUCCAGAUACUCAAGUCACACUAUUUGGAUCUGUGGGUCGAUCAAUCUAUUUCAAGAGCUAUAACGGUUAGAUCUUCCUCGUUGCAUGCUUUUGUUUUGAGGUCUGCUAACUCAUUCGUAAUGGCCACUUCCUACCCAGGACCCGUUCAGGUAGGUUCAUAUUUCGUGGGACAAUACUAUCAGGUGCUACAACAGCAACCUGAUCUAGUUCAUCAGUUUUACUCAGAUGCCAGUACCAUGAUUCGGGUCGAUGGAGAUUCCUCUGAAUCUGCUUCUGCAAUGCUGCAAAUUCAUACCAUGGUCAUGUCACUGAAUUUAACUGCAAUUGAGAUCAAGACGAUUAAUUCUCUUGAUUCUUGGAAUGGAGGUGUUCUGGUGAUGGUUUCCGGUUCUGUUAAAAUCAAGGAUUUCAAUGGAAGAAGGAAGUUUGUGCAAACCUUUUUCCUUGCCCCUCAAGAGAAGGGUUACUUUGUUCUCAAUGAUAUCUUUCAGUUUAUUGAUGAUGGAAUGAUUUACCAGCAUCCAGUUUCCACAUUACAAGAAAACAAGCUUGAUGCUCAACUAAAUGUGUCAAGCCCUGUUGCAGAGUCACCGGCUACUGCAGUUUCUGACUAUGUUUUGGAGGAAGAUGCCAGGGAGUAUGUCAACUUUGUUCAUAUAGAAGAUGAUCCAAUUGACAAGUAUAGUCUCCCAGAGCAACCACAGGAAGAAGAUGUUGAAGAUGAAGUUGUGGUGGAGGAAGCUCCUGCAGAGGAAACUCUUGCUUCACAUCACACUGGGGUGAACACUGUGCAAGAACCCCCAGCUAUGCCUUUGGAGGAACCUGUUGUGGAGCCUGCAAGGAGAACAUACGCCUCUAUUUUGCGUGUUAUGAAGGAACAAUCUGCUUCAUCUGUUCAAGUUCAACCUUCUUAUAAUAAAAUUCCCCAGAUUACUUCAGAUUGGGAUCAUACACCGGAGCCUACUAAUCAGCAGUCACGUCCUGCGUGGUCAGAUGUGUCUGAAUCUGUGGCAGAGACAGCAGAGGAAGGCUUGGUCUCUGAAGAAGGUUACUGUAACUAUAUAUACCUUGGUGAAUAUACAGGUGAAUAUAAAUCUGUCUAUGUGAGAAACUUGCCGUCUACUGUUACUGCUGCUGAAAUUGAGCAGGAGUUUAAGAACUUUGGCAGAAUCAAGCCUGAAGGCGUGUUCAUCCGGAACCGCAAGGAUGUUGUUGGUGUUUGCUAUGCUUUUGUUGAGUUUGAAGACAUUCUUGCUGUUCAAAAUGCAAUCAAGGCAUCUCCCAUACAGUUGGCAGGAAGGCAAGUGUACAUUGAGGAGCGCCGACCAAAUAGCAGCAGUACACGGGGAGGAAGAAGGGGAAGAGGCAGGGGCGGUUAUCAACCUGAGGCCUCAAGAGGUCGUUUUGGUUCCCGGAGUUUGGGUAGGGGAAACAACCAAGAAUCUGGUGACUACAGAUCAAGAGGCAAUGGUUUUUAUCAGCGGGGUUCUAGAUAAGAACAGCAUCUUGAGAAACUGAAUACAAGUUGGCCGAACUCUUCAACUGCUUGCGCACUGGGGUUUUCUUGAAUCUUGGGGUGAUUGCGGGUUUACAGUUCGGAUUGAUCAUUUCCCACCAGUGACUUGAGAAGAAUAUGCUUGUACCGUUUUCCAGUGUGUUAUUCCUCAUAAAAGGAGUGUUGAACAUUUUGAAUUAUAUUUCCUUUGAUAGGCAUAUAUUUCUCCCCUCGAAUGCUUUUUAUCAUGCAGCUCAAGUGGAGAAUUUUGAUGUUUUUGAGCGUUGUUAUGACUAAUGAGACAUGGUGGUUGAUCUUAUGAUUCUGAGAUGAAGCAAUUUUAAUUUAAA